CCUCUCUCUUGCCUUUCUCCCUACAACAAAUGACCCCUCGAGCCUAUGUUUUAAUCUUCUUCUUCUGGUCUCUCCUCACCAUUCUCACUCCCGCCCUCGUUUUCCUCUCCGAGAAUUCAAAAACGUCGUCGCUCUCGUCCCAAUCUCCAGAUGGGAAAAUCGGAGGGAUUCAAAUGAGUAGAAAAAUUGUGGGAUUGACCAGAAAAUAUGAGAUGUUAAAAGUUUUGGUAGAAGAACAGACCUCACCGGCGGCCAUCCCAACACCAAUUACAGCACCGGCGCCGGCGCCAUCGACUGCUCUGCCUCCGGGAACCGCCGUGCCGUUACGGAGGUUCAUGGCUGGUGCUGGAAAGGUCAUAGUGACGACGUUGAAGGGUCUGAGUAUUGUAUGAUUUAAAAAUAAAAAUUAAA